AUGAACACACCAAAUCGUGAUAACAAUUCUUCGCAAAAUAAUAGUGACGGAAGCUCAAAUACGUCUUUUAAAUGGGGAUCUCCUGCCUCCUCAGGAAAUGUUCGAUUUUCACCAUAUCAAAAUACAGGCAAUAAUGGAGCGAGUUUUGUAAAUAGAAGUCCUAAUCACAGACAAAGUAGUCCUCACCAUAAUAAUAGUUAUCAGAAAAAUAAUUUUCCGUUCCGAACCCCACAGCCAAUGCCAAGGUAUUCAUCUCCACAUCCUCGAAGUUGGACAGGGGGUGAUAAUAGAAAACAGCGUUUUAACAAUUCUAUGUCUCCCAUGAAACAUUAUCACAAUUUUAAGAAUGCUCGUUAUGACCCGAAUUGUAAUCCAGGAGGUAGUAAUGAUAUAGAACAAUAUUAUCAAUAUAACAUGAUACAAGAUCCUUGGCAACGUUUAACACCCUGUCCUAUUUCACAUCCCCCCAAUCCUACUACAUAGUUUGAUAUUAACAAUGUAAAGUGUGGUGCUAAAACUAACAGCUACAAAACUAAAUUAUUUAAAUGUUGAUAACUUAGCAUCUACAGCAAAUUUUAAACAGAAGGAAGGAGAAUAUGAAAGUAUACUAUGUGCUAGGCAUCCAUUUUCAUGAAAAAAUACGUUCUCAAUUGGGUGAAAAUGUGUCACUUUAAUAUUUUGGAAGUGUUCAUCAAAAAUUUAUGAAAAUGUUCGGAUUCUACUUAAAAUCACAUUAUCUGUUAUAGUAUUUCUUUUAUCAAAUAUGAAAGUAUAUUCAAUAAUUCAUUUUGAUGUUGCUGCUCUGAAAAUUUUAUUUGAAUGGAUUGGUAUUUUUUUAAAUUGAAAGAGAAUCAAUUGAAAGGUUUUAUAAUGUUUUUAUUUCUGGCAUAUGAAGAUUCAGUUGUUUUUGAGAAAUGUUAAGUUUAUUUUAUAUUUUAAUACCUCAAAUCUGUAAAUUGCCAAUCAUUUUAUAUUGAAAGAUACUAAUUAAAUAGUAUUAAAUUUGUGCAUGACAUGAGAUAAUUGGUUGUAAUUGAUGUUCAUUGGCAGACAGGUUUUUUGUGUAGAUUGAUUUCAAAAUGAUGAAUAUUCAUUUGUAAAUAAUAUUUUCAUGACUAAAAUUGAAAUAAAUUAAGUCAUUAUCUUAC